UUAAUUGACAUACUCUCUCGAUAUGGAAUUACUUUUCGUGUAAAAGAUCAAAUUGGCUGAUUUUUUAUUUAUGAAAUUGGCCUAACGGAAAAAUCGCGUUGAAAUUGUGCUCCAAGUUCGGACCUGUUUCGGCGUAUGCUCAUCCGGUACCGUAGUACGCUAGAUGUAAACAAUAAUAAUGGUUGUUAGAAAUUCUGCACGAAAGAGUCGAAAGUAGCUUGGGGAACCAUCCCUUAGUGUGAAGGUUUGGACCGGAUUCUUGAGGAUAGAGCAAAUUACAAGUCUUGCCGUAAACCCUUGCGGCUGGAAAAUAGAAAUAAACUUUUUUAGUAAAAAGAAAGAAUGAGCUCAGAAAUCAGUGCAACAGCUCAAGAAAAGGAUCCCUCUUCUGACACGAAUACUCCCUUGGUAUCACCAAAACAUGUCAGCAAAUCUCUUCAAAAUAUUCAGAGCGAGUGCCAUAAUUCCAGCAAACCCCCUCAAAAUGUCGACAGUAAAAGCCAUAGACGCUCACACUCCCAAUCGUUAUCACCUCAGUCACCACUUGAACAGUUCCAUAGGUCACUAUCUUAUCAGCCUGGUGCAGCUGAAAAAGUCAUUAAGAUGGAAGAUGGAGAAAUUUUUCACAGAGAUUCAUCUCAAAAUUAUGAAGAUGUUCAUGGAGGACGUAGUGGUAAAGCUGCAGAUGUGCCUUGCUUCAGACUUGUUAUUGUAUCAAGCAAAGUAAGGAAUAUUUCUUCAAUCAGACAUUCAUUACUCCCUGGGGUUAUUUUGAUACAGUAUAAUUGUGACACUCAAAAUCUUGACGAUCUUGAAGUUCAGAUUGCUCAAGUUCUCAAUGGCAAAAAAGUGCAAGGUACAGCGUUUAUUCUUAGCUGCUCAGGUUCAUCUCUUCAGCUGGUUAUCAAAGAGGACAAGAUUUUAAGUAAAGAUGGAAAUCUUGAAAAGGGUGUACAGGACUUUUUCUCUCGAUUAGUGAAAAACUAUUUUCUUCCAGAGGACUCAAAGUCCAGAAUAGAUUUCUUUGGAUGGCAUGGUUUACAGAACAGUGAUUCUCUUCCACCUGUUGUUUCUGAACUACAACUUUUGACAGGAGUGACAGUUGGUGUUUGGAGAGAUUUGACUGGCUAUAGUUCCCCACAGAGGAAAAGUGAUGAAAGUGCGAGUAAACCGUACAUGGGAGAACUGUAUUUUCGUUUGGAAAAGUUGAGAAACUGGAGUGGCAGACAUCAACAAAGUUUGGCUGGUUUUGAAAAGAUCAGAAUUGUUGGAAAAGGUGCAUAUGGAGCUGCAGUGCUGUACAAAAAGAAGGAUGAUGAGUCUCUUGUUAUCCUCAAGGAGAUCAACAUGCAUGAUCUCAAUGUCAAUGAACGCCAAUUAGCUCUGAAUGAGGUCAGUGUUUUAGCAAUGUUAGACCAUCCUAACAUUAUUAGUUAUUAUGACAGCUUUGAAGAAGAUGGUGUUCUAAUGAUAGAAAUGGAAUAUGCAGACAAUGGAACACUUGCCCAGUUUUUGUCAAAGCAAGAUCGUCCUCUUGAGGAAAGAGAGAUUUUGCUAAUGUUUCAGCAGAUUGUUGCUGCCAUAAGGCAUAUUCACUCUCAUAAUAUUUUACACAGAGAUUUGAAGACAGACAAUAUUUUCUUGACCAAAGAAGGGGUCGUUAAAAUUGGUGAUUUUGGGAUUUCCAAAAUGAUGGGAUCUGCUAAUAAAGGAGCAGAGACUGUUUUAGGUACACCAUAUUACAUAAGUCCUGAAAUGUGUGAAGGGAAACUGUACAGCUUUAAGUCUGACAUCUGGGCUUUGGGUUGUAUUUUGUAUGAGAUGGCUUGUUUUCAAAAGACUUUUGAAGGAUCAAAUUUGCCAGCAUUAGUAAAUAAGAUCAUGAAAGGACAGUUUGCGCCUGUCAAAGGGAAUUACAGUGAAGAGUUUAAGGAAAUAGUGACAGAUAUGUUAAGGAGGAGCCCGGAGGACCGUCCAGAAGCAAACACAAUCAUGUACCAACGUCUUCCAUCUCUCAUGAAUAAAUUUGACAAAGCCAAGUCAGAUCAAGAAGAUGAUACAACAUCAUCAGAAAGUCUUGGUAAAAAAACAAAAAUCAGAUCAGUACUCUAUUAUUUAGAGUGCUCAACUGCCACAUUAACUUGCAUUUACAAUUUGCCUCCACGUAUGAAAAUCAAACACAUGAGUGUGGGUCCUGAUCAUGUGAUUGUGACUACAACAGAAAGACAAGUUUUUACUUGGGGUUUUGGAGGGUCUGGACAAUUGGGUCAUGGAGAUACAAGAGACAGAUACACACCCACCCUGGUAGAAGCAUUGAAGGGAAAGUCUGUAUCUUUGGUGAGCUGUGGGCUUGGGUUCAGCAUCUUUGGCAGUGAUAAUGGAUUGGUUCUAACUUGUGGUGAUGGGAGUUCUGGGUGUUUAGGUCAUGGUGACUGGUGUAAUUCUGCUCGACCCAGACUGAUUGAAAGUCUUCUCAGUGUUGAUGUGGUUGCCAUAGCCUGUGGUUUGAAACAUGUUGUUGUCCUUGGACGUGAUGGAGAAGUGAUGUCAUGGGGGAACGGAUCUCAUGGACAGUUGGGCCUAGGCUCAGAGGAAAGCCAGUGUGUCCCUACCACUGUUCAAAUUGGAGAAGAGAGUGUUGUAUUCAAUGAUGUGGAAUGUGGAGUUGAUGGAACUAUGCUCAUAUCAGAUGUUGGUGGGGUGUUUGCUUGUGGAAAUAAUGAGCAUAAUAAACUUGGUUUGAAUAAUCGGCAGGGUUUCCUAAUGGCCAUGAAAAAUAUCUUUACAAAGACUGAAGUGGAUGGAAAAAAUGUUCCCACUCCUGUUCGAGCCCUGGCUCGUCAUCGUGUGCUUGCAGUAUCCAUGGGGCGUAAUCAUACAGCAGUUAUUGUUGAACCGGGACAUGUCAUAACAUUUGGACGUAACUUGGAGGGUCAACUGGGCACUCAAAAUGUUAAACCAGCAAGUAAUCCAGUUGAAGUGAAGGCUUUGGAGGAAAAGUGUGUAAACCGUGUCCAGUGCGGAGAUCAUUUCACUGUUGCUGGCACAAAAGACCAUGAGUUGUACUACUGGGGUUUGCGGUACACAUCAUCUCCGAUGUUGCACUAUGAAGAUACUACCAGCCAGUCAAGUACAAAUGACAGCAUUACUUGCAUUCAACACCCUAACAACAAGGAGGAACUGCAUAUAGAAGGUGCCUGUUCCCACGUGUCAAAUUCAAAUGGGAUGCCAGCUUCUGACAAAGAUCUGAUAAAGAAUAGGAUUUUUGACUCAUCAGGUAAAGAGACGGUGGAAAACAGUCCCCCAUCAGUAUUUAAUGAUGUCGAUAGUCAGGGAUUCAGACCACUCAGCAGUGUUCCCCAACGUUCACUGAGUGCAAGCAGUCAGGAAAACUCUAAAGAUAAAGACAGAGAAUUUAUUAGAGAUGACAGUGUUGUGAUAGCGGUUCCUAAACAUUUGAUACUGCUAAAGCAAGGCCCUGAAAAGAUGCUCCUUGGUAAUAUAUUUUGCCAUGGGGAAAAUCUAUUUAUUCAUAUUGAAACAACUGCCCCUCCCCCGCGGAGGAGAACCUUCAAGAAACGUAUUAUGCGACGAAAGUCGAGCCACUCUCUGGGUGUUACUUCUCCAAGGCAUUUUCACAAUGACAUUUCUUCUCAUAAGGAGAAGAAAACUGACGACAACUCUUGCUCCUCAGAAACUUCAGAGAUUGAUACUCACAGUGCAAUACCCACAUGGCUGAGAGAAGAGCUGGCCCAAAGUGCAAUAGAGGUGAAUGAUGGCAAUGAGGCAGAUGAUACAAGUGGUGAAUCUGACGAACAAAGAAGAGCAGAUGGUAUUGAUUCAUCUAUGUCCAGCAUACAAAUAAAUAGAGCCUUGACACCAGUAGCUGAUGUCAACUAUCCUCCCCAUCUCACCUCUCAGACAUUUAUCAGUGGUGAUAAGUGUAGUCCACGUAAUCAGAACUUUAUAACUCAGAGUCGUUUCCGUGCAUCCUCUGUAAACAGUUCUGAAAGCAACCCAGAUGCUCUGCAACCUGAACUUUGCUCAGAUAGCAGUUCUGGGGAUAUCUCCAAAGAUCAGAGGGUUAAGCCUAUGAAGAGUGAAGGAGAGACAUUAAAGAAUGUACUGACUGGUUACAUGAGCACAAAAUCUCAACCAUCAAAGGCUCAGGGAAAACAAAGAUCGUCAGCCAAAGGUAGAGGUCGUGGACUGGUGAUGCCUAAAGAAAAUCCUGUUGGGAGAGGUUUCAUUUCUGAUGUGACUGUAAAAAGAAGAGAGGAGUCUCUACUAUUUGAACUGGAGAGGAUCAAACAGGAAAAGAAAUUAGCCGACGCACGCGUACGGAUGUUAGAAAAGGAGAAAGAUAAUCAGCAGGCUCUGUUAAAGCAAGAGGUUGAAAAACUGGCCAGUGAAAGAGAGCAAUCUCUUAUCUCUGAAGUAGAAAGACUUAGGCUAGAGAUUGAAACUCAGAAUUGUUUGCUAAGCGAUCGUCAGCGUGUUGUUGGGGAAUUGCAACAACAGUUGCAGCUUAUGUCGGAACAGCAAAGUACGGGAAGUGGAGCAACACCUAGAACCCCGAGGACUAGCAGGAAUUUUUCUCAAGCUGACGAUUCAGCAUCUUCUGACUUUUGCACCCCAAGAGCUGAGAGCUCAGCAUCAUCAUCGAGCAAAAAGAGCACCACUCGAAUUUGCAAUCUCCAGUGACAUUUUCAGGAAACAGGAAACAAACCAUGCUCAGUUUAGAAACAUGAUGUUCAUUCAUGUUUUAAAGUUCUGUUCUCAUAGAGUGGUCAAAAUAUCAAGAGAGUAGGCCCUACUUGAUUUGCCCUUUAUAUUUUAAUGCAUGUGUUGCAUAAUAUGGUGCCUGAGUGUACAUAAUGUAAAGAAUGUAUUUAUGUAAAUAUGUGUCACGACGCGGUGUAAUCAGGCUCACGUCAAUUUUUAGGCAUGCAGAGUUAU